AUGGCGAAAUCGUCCCGCCGCAGGACGCCCGCGUCAACACCAGGCUCAUCGGGCGCUUCAACCCCAAGCUCUGUAUCCUCUGGACCUAUUCCACCCUUCACCAAAGCUCCCUCGAUCCUCAAGCCCUUCCUCGACCCGCUCUCCCCGGAGGAGGUAUACCUAGUCCACAUCGACACCACGGGAACAGAACUGAAAUGGCAGACCUUCAUCGUACCCACGGUGGUCAACGUGGUAGUGGCAGCAGUGAUCGCCCUACGAGUCUACUGGGGCUUUAGCACAUACCCAGCGCUAGUGGCCAUUCUGAUCGGCAUGGAGAGUUCGCUGAGCGUGGACAUCGCCUCGACACCGUGGACAGAACUGGCACAGAUCACCCUCCGCCGGGUUGGUACCAUCCUGAUCGACUACUUCCUUGUCACGCUGUUCCUGUCGUGGCCCAUCCACUUCGUGCUCGGCCCCGUCCGCUGGCGCCGCGCCGUGGGCUUCCGAGACCGCGAGAUCAUCGUCCGUCGCAGCCACCGCAGCUGGAGCAAGAAGCUCGAGCGCAACAAAUGGAUUCGCGAUAACGAUGCUAUGCGCGACAAAAUCGUCGCCGCUGUGACACCCGAGCGUAUCGGUAAGACGGGAUACCUGCUCGUCGACGAGGACUGGAACCUGGACUAUCGCGCCAUGAUCCGCGCCCACGCGUUGGUCGACCUGACCCGUAAGGGCGAGGGUGUGCAGCUGGACGAGUUCCGCACAGCGGUGCUGGUUCACACUGACUCGGAUGGCUGGCUGAUUUGGCGCGUUGGGGACGAAAACACACCUGCCGGAAAGUCUGCUCAACGAGACCAGAUCCUAGCUUUCAGGGAGCGGUUGACUGCAAUGGGUAAGGAGGAUUUGUUCUUCCGCUGGGUUGAGCUGGUCCAAUGGGAAAGCUCGCAGCCUGGCGGAUUUACUCCGGAGAGGCAGCGAUCUGCUAUGGUGCAGGCUAAGCAGAUGUUCGACGAGGAGAAUGUCGAUUUCAGUCAAUUCUGGGACGAUGAGCUGGUGGGCAUGGAGGGCGCUCAAGAGACAGCGACUUGA